ACGGAAGUUGCUUACAGAGAAGCCUCUUGCUUUGGGCUGAAACGGUCUCAUGUUUACUGUUAGCCUCCAGAUAACAGAAGGGACUUAACGUAAACACAAGACAAGUAUUUAAGUCAGGUUCUGGAGUUAGUUAGUCACUUUCUGGUGCAGGAGCAAGCAGCUUUUAACACUGUGACCUUAGCGCACGUAACUAAAAGCCUGACUUUUGUUGCCAGAUCUGGGACAGGUACCUCUCGGCGUCGAUAUCAAGACUAACUUUCCUUUUCGAAGAUGCAGGUGAAGAAAAUCGUUCUCAACUCAAGACCAGGUAACGAUGGAGAGCCAGUUCCUGAAAAUUUCCGACUGGAGGAGACCACUUUGGCAGCUGACCUGAAAGAUGGGGAGGUCCUACUUCGGACACUUUGGCUUUCCGUCGACCCUUACAUGCGAUGCAGAAUGAAUGAAGACACCGGUGCUGAAUACCUGACUCCGUGGCAGCUGUCUGAGAGUGCUGAAGGUGGAGGUGUCGGCGUGGUUGAGGCCAGCAGCUGCAGUACUUACAGUGUAGGAGAUAUUGCUGCUCACUUCAGCUGGCCUUGGCAGACCCACGUUGUUCUGCAAGGAAGUGUCUUAGAGAAGCUUGAUCCAACAUUGGUCGAUGGGCACCUCUCCUACUAUCUGGGUGCAUUUGGUAUGACAGGCGCCACUGCACUGUUGGGCAUGAGGGAGAUGGGUAAUGUGACCAAAGACGGCAAUCAGACCAUGGUGGUGAGCGGAGCGGCUGGGGCCUGUGGCUCCAUAGCUGGACAGAUUGGCAAGGUGGAUGGUUGCGUAAAAGUAGUUGGGAUUUGCGGCUCUGAUGAGAAGUGCAAAGCUUUAGUGGAUGACCUGGGCUUCUCUGCGGCCAUCAACUACCGCCAAGAGGACGUCUCUGCAAAGCUCAAGGAGCACUGCCCUAAAGGAAUAGAUGUUUACUUUGACAACGUGGGCGGUGCCAUCAGUGACACUGUAAUCCAGCAGAUGAACAACGACAGCCAUGUGGUCCUGUGUGGGCAGAUCUCACAGUACAACAAGGAUGUGCCGUAUCCUCCACCCCUGAGCGCAGAGACACAGGAAGCCCUGCAAAAGAAGAACAUCACCCGGGAGCGGUUUAUUGUGCUCGACCACAUGAGCAAAUUGGAGGCUACCAUCACUGAACUCUGCGAGCUAGUUGUAUCAGGCCAAGUCAAAGUGCUGGAAACUGUGGCAAAUGGCAUUGAAAACAUGGGAGAUGCAUUUUGCUCUAUGAUGAAAGGAGGAAACAUUGGCAAGCAAGUUGUAAAGAUAUCGGAGUGAAGAAAAUCACUGUAGCUGCUCUCAUCGGACAGACGCCUUGAGAAAUCAAACUGCAGUUUGCCUUCCGAUCACUGCCAUUAACACUAACUCAUUAAACUCUAGAAACAUAAUGCAUUCAUCAGCUGACGUUAGUUAAUUACAAUUACAAACCAUGACAGAGAAAUCACACAAUGUUCUUUUAAAUUGUGUUUGAGAGAAAGAUAAAUGAAAUGUGAAGUGUAAAUGAAGUCUUAUUGACUUUUGGAAAUAGAUGCUGCUGUUUAAUAAAUGUUGAGUACAAAA